AGAAAGAGCGUCGCGGGCUCUACGGCCCCUGCAGCUGCCGCCGCCGUCUUCGCCAAGCUCCUGGGGCUUUUCUCUUUUCCGCUCCGUGGAGGAGCGGCCAGUAUCGCCAUGUUCGGCUGCCUGGUGGCCGGGAGGCUGGUGCAAACAGUUGCACAGCAAGUGGCAGAGGAUAAAUUUGUAUUUGACUUACCUGAUUAUCAAAGUAUCAACCAUGUCGUGGUGUUUAUGCUGGGAACAGUCCCAUUUCCUGAUGGCAUGGGAGGAUCUGUCUACUUUUCAUAUCCUGAUUCAAGUGGAAUGCCAGUAUGACAGCUCUUGGGGUUUGUCAUGAAUGGGAAACCAAGUGCCAUCUUCAAAAUUUCAGGUCUUAAAUCUGGAGAAGGCAACCGGCAUCCUUUUGGAGCCAUGAAUAUUACCCGUACUCCUACUGUUGCACAGAUUGGCAUUUCAGUGGAAUUACUGGAUAAUCUGGCCCAGUUGACUCCUGUGGGCAAUGCUGCUGUGUCAUCAGUUGAUUCGUUCACUCAGUUUACUCAGAAGAUGUUGGAUAACUUCUACAAUUUUGCUUCAUCAUUUGCUGUGUCUCAGGCCCAGAUGACACCAAAUCCAUCUGAAGUUUUUAUUCCGGCAAACGUGGUUCUGAAAUGGUAUGAAAACUUUCAAAGGCGACUAACCCAGAACCCUCUUUUUUGGAAAACAUGAUUUAAAUAAAGUAAUUUUUAAAGGGAAAAAAAA